AUGGCACCACCUUCUUCUGCAUCGACUGAAGCCUUACCUGAGCGCCCAGCGCCAGCCAAACUCAUCAAUCCCCUGAGCGACGUGUCGAAAUUGACACCUCUCGAGAAAUCUGAGAUCGAACUCACCGAAAAGUUCAGCUCACCAGAUACCUAUAUCAAUGGGGAGAAGGAUACACUUUGGCAUCCGUGGAUGAAUAACCUUGAGCUCAAACCAUUGCGAUUUGAAACACGAACGGGUACAUUUGUUGUUAUCCUGAGAAGUCUCGAGGACACUUGGCUAGGCAAGCAUCGUCACCGUGGCACAGUGAAUGCUGUUACACUGAAGGGAGAAUGGAAUUACAAAGAAUACGAUUGGGUUGCCAAGCCGGGUGACUACGUGUUCGAAGCCCCGGGAGUGAUUCAUGAGCUGCAUAUGAGUAAAGGGGCAGAAGUUGUGUUCACUGUCUCUGGUAGCUUGGAAUACUUCCAUGAUGAUUACAGUCUGAAAAACACUAUGGAUGUCUUUAGUUACGCUCAUUUGUACUACGAACAUUGCAAGAAGAACAAACUGAAGCCGAAUGAAGGACUGUGGUAUUAG